GAGGCCGCGCCAGUGACAGCGAUGGCGGCGGAGUCGGCGCUCCAAGUGGUGGAGAAGCUGCAGGCGCGCCUGGCCGCCAACCCGGACCCGAAGAAGCUAUUGAAAUAUUUGAAGAAACUCUCUGCCUUGCCUAUUACAGUAGACAUUCUUGCGGAAACUGGUGUUGGGAAAACAGUAAAUAGCCUGCGAAAACACGAGCACGUUGGAAACUUUGCCAGAAACUUAGUGGCCCAGUGGAAGAAGUUGGUUCCUGUGGAACGGAACACUGAGCCUGACGAACAGGACUAUGAGAAGAGCAGUUCCCGAAAGCGCCCGAGGGACGCCCUUCAGAAGGAGGAGGAGAUGGAAGAGGACUACCCAGAAAACUGGAAAGCCUCCAGUAGCCAGUCCUAUAGUCCGGAUCACAGACAGAAAAAACACAGAAAACUCUCGGAGUUCGAGAGACCUCACAAAGUGUCUCACAGUCACGAGAGGAGAGACGAGAGAAAGAGGUGCCGCAGAGCCUCGCCAGUCUACUCUUCAGACCACGAAUCAUCUGACUAUGGCCACGUCCAGUCCCCUCCGUCGUCUGCCAGUCCUCAUCAGAUGUCCGUGGACCAUUACAGAUCCCCGGAGGAGGACCAUGAGCCCUUUGUCCCACACCAGAAGCCCGGAAAAGGCCACAGUAAUGCCUUUCAUGACAGACUAGGAGUCAGUCAAGAACGACACCUGGGCGAACCCCAGGGCAAAGGGGUCAUGAGUCAGAACAAGGAGCACAAAUCUUCCCACAGAGAAAAAUGUCCCGUGGAUGCCAGGGGAGAUGAGAAGUCGUCCCUGAGCAGAGAGAAGUCCCACAAGGCCGUCUCCAAAGAGGAGACACGGAGGCCGCCCUCCGGGGACAGCUCGAGAGAGAAGCCGCCCUCGAGUGGGGUGAGGAAGGAGAAGGAGAGGGAGGGCGGCACCAAGAAGAAGGGUCUGCCCGCCUCGGAGGCGGCUUCAGACAACCACGUGAAAAGACCAAAGCACAGAGACUCGGAGAAAACCAGAUCCGACAAAAACAAGCCCGGCGUAGACAGCUUAGACGCGGGGAAGGGGGCAGGAGACCUGUUGCCCAAGGUGAAAGAGAAGGUUUCUAACAACCUAAAGACUCAAGAGGGGAAAGUGAAAACGGCUCAUUCAGAUAGAAAGUCAGUGGGCUCCCUCCCUAAAGCUGAGGAGGCAGACGCGGAUGACGAGUUUGAGCAGCCCACCAUGUCUUUUGAGUCAUACCUCAGCUAUGACCAGCCCCGGAAGAAAAAGAAAAAGAUUGUGAAAACUUCAGCCACGGCUCUUGGAGAAAAAGGACUUAAAAAAAACGAUUCGAAAAGCACUAGUAAAAACUUGGACUCGGUUCAGAAAUUACCUAAGGGGCACGAAAACAAGUCAGAGAAGCUUCAGCUGGCUGGGGCUGACGCAGCCAAGCUGAGAAAGGUCCCCACCGAGGCGUUGCCCGACCUCCCCUUGCCCGUGAUACAGGCCAAUUACCGUCCACUUCCUUCCCUCGACUUGAUAGCCUCCUUCCAACCAAAGCGAAAAGCCCUCUCAUCACCCCAGGAAGAGGAAGAAGCUGGAUUCACUGGGCGGAGAAUGAAUUCUAAGAUGCAGGUGUAUUCCGGUUCCAAGUGUGCCUACCUCCCCAAAAUGAUGACCUUGCACCAGCAGUGCAUCCGGGUACUUAAGAACAACAUCGACUCGAUCUUUGAAGUGGGAGGUGUCCCGUAUUCUCUUCUUGAACCCGUUUUGGAGAGGUGUACGCCUGAUCAGCUGUAUCGCAUUGAGGAAUACAAUCACGUAUUAAUUGAAGAAACAGAUCAAUUAUGGAAAAUUCAUUGUCACCGAGACUUUAAGGAAGAAAGGCCAGAGGAGUAUGAGUCAUGGCGGGAGAUGUACCUGCGGCUCCAGGAUGCCCGAGAGCAGCGGCUACGACUGCUGACGAAGAACAUCCGAUCCGCACACGCGAAUAAGCCCAAAGGCCGACAAGCAAAGAUGGCCUUUGUCAACUCUGUGGCCAAACCACCUCGCGAUGUUCGGAGACGGCAGGAGAAGUUUGGAACAGGGGGAGCGCUUGUGCCCGAGAAGAUCAAGAUUAAGCCAGCCCCGUACUCCACAGGAAGCAGCCACGCUCCCCUCAGCAGUGGCAGCAGCCACAGCUUUAACGCCAGCCCCGAAGAGCCAGCCUACGAAGGCCCGAGCACCAGCAGUGCCCACUUGGCGCCUGUGGUCAGCAGCACCGUUUCCUAUGACCCUAGGAAACCGACUGUGAAGAAAAUUGCCCCAAUGAUGGCCAAGACGAUUAAAGCUUUCAAGAACAGAUUCUCCCGACGAUAA